UGUUCACGCGUGCUUUCUUAACACAUCUUCAUUCCCAGCUGUAGAACAAAUCGACAUCAGCUGGCUUUGCAUCAAGUAGCACCUUGGUUGCCAACGCCGUGGAUUUUUAAGCAAACUAUUUCGUGCUUCCUGCAAAGUGUCGGCUAUUCUUCGAAACCUGCCGAAUCUCUCUUUUGUCGCGGCGAGGCACGCGACAAAGGGGCGAUAACGUUACAUCGAACCCCGGCAAACAAAGAGGUCUUUUUCUCAACGUCAACAUUUUUCCUCCAUAUUCCCUAGUGAUGAGUCAUGUGUCCGUCGAGAAUGUCCAUGGUCUAGAACAACAGCUUGCUGUCCUAGACUUGAAUGUGGCAGACGGACAAGGUGGUGGCACCAACAGAAGAUACAUUCCUCCACAUUUACGGAACAAAGAUGGCCCUAAAAAUGGAGGAAAUGUGUUUGCUGCCAGGGCAGGUUACACCAUUGCACCUGCUGCCGCCUUUGGUUGGGAUGGGAGCCGCAGCAACUUUGUCAAUGGCUACCAUGACAACCGCAUGACUGGCGGGAAUGCUUACAACCGUGGGCCGCCUCGCAUGGAGCGGGGCCGAGGGGGCAUGGGUGGAGGUGGCUAUCGUGGCAACAGAGGUGCAUCCUUCAAUCCUAUCAACCCUGCUCAGCCAAUGGGUUUUGGCUUGUACGACAACAAAGAUGCUGGUGGUUGGAACACUGCCAAAGACGCCUACAGCAGCUUCGGAAACAACAGAGGAAAGUCUGCUUUCUUCAAUGACAGAAGCAAUGCAAAUCGUGGACGGUUUGACCAUGGUGGAUACAGUAGUGGUGUAGGUGGAAACAGCCGUUGGGUAGAGGAAGCCAGCAAUGAUGGAGACUGGUCUAAACCAACUCCACUCAAUGAAAGACUUGAGCAUGAAUUGUUCUCCAGCAGCAACACCGGGAUUAAUUUUGAGAAAUACGAUGACAUUCCUGUUGAGGCAACUGGACAGAACUGCCCUCAUCACAUUGAAAGUUUCCAGGACAUAGACAUGGGUGAGAUUAUAAUGGGCAACAUUGCGCUCAGCCGCUACACUCGACCAACCCCUGUCCAGAAAUAUGCCAUUCCAAUUGUCAAGUCGAAGAGAGACCUCAUGGCCUGUGCACAGACAGGUUCCGGGAAGACUGCUGCAUUCCUGCUGCCAAUUCUUAGCCAAAUCUAUGCUGAGGGACCAGGAGAUGCUGUUAAUGCAGCUAAAGCCUCUGGGCAGGACAAUGGAAAAUAUGGCCGUCGUAAGCAGUACCCUAUUUCGCUCGUCCUAGCGCCUACUCGAGAACUAGCACUGCAGAUAUAUGAUGAAGCCAGAAAGUUUUCCUACCGAUCCAGAGUGCGUCCCUGUGUUGUGUAUGGUGGAGCAGACAUUGGCCAGCAGAUCCGAGAUCUGGAGAGAGGGUGCCACCUACUGGUGGCCACGCCUGGAAGACUGGUCGACAUGAUGGAGAGGGGCAAAAUUGGGCUUGAUUACUGCAAAUACCUUGUCCUGGAUGAAGCAGAUAGGAUGCUAGACAUGGGCUUUGAGCCUCAGAUACGGCGCAUCGUUGAACAAGACACAAUGCCUCCAAAAGGCACCCGGCAGACCAUGAUGUUCAGUGCAACCUUUCCCAAAGAAAUACAGAUUCUGGCCAGGGAUUUUCUGGAUGACUAUAUCUUCCUGGCAGUGGGCCGAGUGGGCUCCACCUCAGAGAACAUCACUCAAAAGGUGGUUUGGGUGGAAGAGAGCGACAAGAGGUCUUUUCUCCUAGACCUACUUAGUGCCACAGGCAAGGACUCGUUGACUCUGGUUUUUGUGGAAACCAAAAAAGGAGCCGACGCCCUGGAGGACUUCCUGUACCGAGAAGGCUACGCCUGCACCAGCAUCCACGGGGACCGCUCCCAGAGGGACCGAGAGGAGGCCCUAAACCAGUUCAGAUCUGGAAAAUGCCCCAUCCUGGUGGCCACAGCUGUUGCUGCUCGUGGCCUUGACAUCUCCAACGUGAAACACGUUAUUAACUUUGACCUGCCUAGUGACAUCGAGGAGUAUGUCCACCGUAUCGGACGCACAGGACGAGUAGGAAACCUGGGAUUGGCCACAUCGUUCUUCAACGACAAGAAUGGGAACAUCACUAAAGACUUGCUUGACAUUUUGGUUGAAGCGAAACAGGAAGUUCCUUCAUGGCUUGAGAGCUUGGCUUAUGAGCACCAGCAUAAGAGCAGCAAUCGUGGACGCUCCAAAAGGUUUGCGGGUGGUUUUGGAGCACGUGACUAUCGUCAGACGGCUGCUGGAGGGAAUGCCGGAGGCUUUGGGGGGCGCGGUGUUCGAAACCAAGCGGGACACGGAGGAGCCCGUGGCUUUGCAGGAGGUGGCUUUGGUACCUUCUACACUAGCGAUGGCUACGGCGGCAACUACUCACACUCUCAAGUUGACUGGUGGGGCAACUAGAGUAUUCAUUUUUUUUCUCUUUCCCUUCCUCUCGCUCACACAUAUUUUGUCCCCUCCCCACUCAGCUUUCUUCCUUUCUCAGCUCUGUUGUCUUCACCCCAUCUGCCGCUGUAGUCAACAUUUAGAACCUAUGUGCAUGCUAUAUAAAUAUACUCAUUAUACAACACCCCCACAAAAUCCCUGGACAGUGAACUCGAAUUUUAUUUUAUAGUAAAAUCUCACAACGGACUACAUGGCGAAUGGAUUCUUCCAAUUUUGUUAUUUUGCAUUUCCUGUUGUCGAUUGCAUACUUUGUAUCACUUUUCAUUUUUGAAUCUUUGAUUCAUUAUGUUUUGUUCUGCGGGCUCACUGUGAGCUUCUCCCCUCCCAUGUGUCUAUGUGUUUAAUGCAUGUCCACCGUAAGAGUAAAAAAACACAGCACUGAGACAUGAAACAAAUUCAAACAUAGGAACUGGCUUAGGCCUCAGUCGUUGAGAGAGGCCAUGACUUUAGCUCUUAUUUUUUUUAACAAUUUCUUUUAAUUGAAGUGCAGAUAUACAGGUAUCUUAGAUGUCUGAGGACACUUAGGAAAUCCCGGGAUUGAAAUUAAAUGCUUGCAAGCAUCGUUGUCCAUCAUUCGAAAUGUUAGCAAACAGAAUCAUAGGACUUGUGCUUUACUUGGCAAAAAUAACAGCAAAGUCAGAUCAUUUGUUUCUGUACUGUGCCUUCAAGAAUUUGAGCAUUGGCGUUAAUUUCUGUAAAUAACAUUUAUUUUUAUGUCAUGUAUGGGUUUGUUAUCUUGAUUUCUCUUUGGAAGGAAACAAGCUAGACUUGAACUAAAUCAAACCUUGGCAAACAAAACUAAACAAAACUAAACUAUGUGAAGCUGCUAUGAGGAAACUCAAACGUGAUUCCUCAGUAUCUAUUCCGGUUUCUAAUAGCAUCAUCCCUCUUAUAGUGGGCUUCUUGCUUCUAGAAAUCAGACAUGAAUUCUGCAGCUCUGCUUUGAGCUUGGAGUCAAGAAAUUCCUCGCAUGGUCGUCAAAAGCUGGUAUUUCAGUAACUGGGCCAAUGACACUAAGGGGAGGAUCGGAUUUAGGAGUGCAGCGGCUAAACUUAAGUACAUCAAACCUUUAGGAUGUCAUUUGUUUUAAAUGAAAUAGUUACCUUACUUCCGCUGUAUUAUAAAAUUGUGUCUAUCAGUGCCCUGUAUCUGUUGCGCCACUUUUGGUCAGUAUGCUCUUGGGAACGUGACUCCACCCAAAAACCUUUGAAGCCCUUUUUGGUCAAAAGCGUCCUUCAAGGGGAAACACAACUAAAGACUCAGAGAUCCAAAAUUCCCUGCUCACUCUAUCCUGGAGAGUCACAUGAAGAGUUUUCUCUUUAAAAAAAGAAAAAAAAUCAUUCCAGUACUUCUUUGAGUGUUUUUGGAUUAGUCGCGGUCAGGAUGAAUGCAUACAUCGGGCCUAAGUGUUUCCCAGCAGGGCAGCAGAAGCGUCUAGGGGACUAAGACAAACUGGGGAAUGCUGUUGUUUAUUUUUUGAAGGUUUGAGUUCGGCUCAAUUGGUUUCUAAAAACAUGACAAUGAUCAUUGUAAUGGGCCACAUUCAUAUUAUGAGUAGCCUGCAAUGCAGCAAAAUGAGGACUUGCUACAUUUGCACAGGGCCCUGCUGUGGAACCAGGCGAUGUUUAAUAAACCUUUCAUUCAGACAAGUGCAAGGUCAAAAAUCAGGGUGUGAAUUAAUUUUAUGUACAUGGAGAUCUUAAAUUAACAUGUAGAUAACAUGUAAAUAGUUGAAAGUUGUCAAGUGAAAAUAAUGCUUGGUCACGCUAUGCUGGACUCGACAUCUUGAGAGCCGAGUCCAGUGGACAAUUUGAUUCAGAUAGAUUUCUUGAAAUUGCCUACUGGCUUUGUGGGCUAAGACAAUAGGACAUAUGCAAGUGUUGUUGUGUUUUUUUGGUCAAGCAAUUUAGACUUGCAAAUCUAUAGCAGGUUUUUAAGUUAUGCUGUUUUUUUUUCUUCUUCUUCUGUCUUUUCACUUUUUUGGGGGGGGGGGGCAGUGUUACACUAGGAGGUAUUGUUCAGUUACUUUGUUUGGAGGUCAGUCGUUGUAGUAAAAAGCCCCUUAAAGCAGCAUAUAGUUUAGGUUCACUGUGACAGUUUACAAACAUCAUAAAAAAUCCCAGUCAAUCUUGUUGUCCCUAUAAUAACUAAGUCUUGCAGUGAGGUUUACAGACUGAUUCUGCCAUAGUUUUUAUUUUUAAAAUUUUUUUUACGUGGUUGUAAGUUGCAAGGGAAAUUACAGAGAAGCAUUUUGACCCCAACUGUGUUGUGUGCAGGCAUCUCAAGCUGUCAUGAGAUGUGAGUGAUGCACUCUUGACGCCUAGCACACAGUGGGGUUGCAAAUGACAAUCGGUCGACAACUUAAUUCUCCUUCUAUUUUCCUGCAAGGUUGUCUGUGACAUAAACACCCACUCCCAAUUUACUCCUUUUUGUGGUUUGCAUGCACUUUGCUGUCAUUAACUCUGACGUGCUCGGUGCCUUGAAAUUCUUCCAUACGGCGUGUAUUAGUUGUUCUCACACACAGUUAUACCUUGUAGAUCACGUAAGCUGCUUGUAAAUGUCAAAACCUGCAACCUAACGUUUAUAACGAACAGGUUAGCCUGCUGAUUUUAGCAUUUAGCUCUAAUUGCACAGUGUCUAGCACAGCUGUGGGUUUUUCUGCGUUUUCUGGGUCUGUCGUUGCCAUUUGGUGGUCAAGCACGGUACGUCACGCAUAGCCUCCAUAGUAAGUCAUUUUACCUUCCGAUGCCUUAAAUUCAAGACUGCUAGUCCUAAUAAAAGUGAUAUUGGUUACACUUCCUAAUGUGUUACCAAGAAGUUGGUUGUACGGAUCAUACCGCCAUGGCAGACAAUUAAGCGCUUCUGCGAUAACUUAUCAGACUCUUAAGACUGAGAGGUGUGGUGUAGUGGAACAAUUUAAUGGUGCUAUGCUCCCUUUGCUGCGGCCAACAGGCCUUUUGUUUGUAGUCAGACUGAAAAUUCUAGUUUUUACAAAAAGUACUUAAAAUGUCUUCUGUAGCACGGGUCCUCUAACGCCUCGCAAGAGGUACACACGAGUGAGUGUUUGUACUUGCCAAAAACGACUCCUCUGUAGUGAUAUAAACAAUGCGUGUGCGUGUGUUUGUGUGUGUGAGUAAAGGGGCGUUCCAGUUGUACGCGGGGAUCGGCUUGCGUCGUAGUUCAGAGCAACGGCAAGAUCCAGCUGUUUGCACCCAAAGUUCUCGAGUUUGCUAGUUUGUGUAAUUUAUCAAACAUUUUUGAGAAAUAUUUAUUUUUAUAAGCCUAGUGCAAAUGUUUAAACAAGUGACUUGACCAAAAGACAGUGAACAAAAACACUGGCACAUGAAUGUUGAAUGUCAUUGGUAUGAGUGAAAAUUUAUAUUUUUCUGGGGUAGUGUGAGCUUUUUAAUAACGGCGUAAUGGAGUUUCUCUAAAUACGUCAUGAGCUGUCGUGGCACACUUUUACCAAACAAUUCGACCUCACACAGCAUCUGCAGUUAGCGGCUUUCCAGCCAAUAUGACGUACGGAGAGAAACCGAUUACCUUGAAAGUCUCAUUGGACUCAGUAUCAGAUCCACCAACCUGUUUAUACAACAGGUGCCGAUCCCAAUCAUGAUGAUGAUAAUAAUACACCAUUUGCAGCCAUUUCCAAUUGGCUCCCCCCAAAAAAAACAAAUCAUAAUUUGAGACUAUUCUACCGAAUAUGCCAAGGUUUGGAUUAAAUUGUAAGAAUCAAAAACCAUUUUGUAGAAAAAAAUAGAAAAAGAAAAAACAAACAUGCAGUACAAACAUGUCCAGAUUCGCUCCAAGUCAGGUUUUUUUUUUUUUUUUUUUUUUUUUGGUUGUUCAUAUGUUUUGACACUUUUCCUUCCUGUUAAUACCCUUCGUGUGAUUGUCUACCAAGUGGGGAUGUUUAAAGUCUAUAACACAGAAGUAACUGUGGUUCUAUUGCUAUGUUGUUGUGAUCGGCAUAUUUUCAGGCACAGUGUGCUCAUGCGCUCUUUGCUGAGCGUCCGGCCAGUCAGGAAAUGAGCAAAAGAUGUGGAUUUGAUUUGGCUACACUAGUUUGCCAUGUGUAGCUCUUCUGCCUCCGUGGUCCAGAAUGCAAUGGGGUCACAUAGGUGGCGCAUGUUAAGAUGCGUAGCCUGUUGUAUUCCAAAUUUGGAAAUGUAAGUUGAAUGCUCCUUUACGUUGUUUGUCAAAGGCAAUCUGGCAGAUUGAGGUGACAUGGCGACAAGCCCUUUUCGGUUUGAUUUCAUAAGGCGAUUUCAAAGAUGUAUAUUAUACUCCCAAGUGCACAAAGCCUGACGUAGUCAUUGACUGGCCAGACAGUUCAGCGUUGACACACGGGGCCACCAGCCUGCUAGUUAGUAUUUGCUUUAUGUAUUAGUUUAGCAGUUGUGCACGAAGAGGAGCACUACAUUAAGGAAAAAUAAUAUUGUGCAUCCAUUGUGAUUUUACCACAAUUAAAAGUUUGGAUUUGCAAAAUUA